AUGCGGACGCACACAGGUGAGAAACCGUAUCAAUGUGAGGAAUGUGACAAAAGCUACAGUCAGCUGAGUCAUCUGAAGAGACACAUGCGGACUCACACAGGUGAGAAACCUUACCGAUGUGAGGAGUGCAGCAGACAGUUUAGCAGCCAGAGUAGUCUGAAGGUGCAUACGAAAACUCACACUGGUGAGAAACCGUACAAAUGCGAGGAGUGCAGUGUGCAAUUCAGUCAUCUACAUCAUCUGAAGACUCACAUUAGAACCCAUACCGGCGAGAAACCGUACAGGUGUGAAGAGUGCGGCAAGCAAUUUAGUCAGCUGGAAGGUCUACAGACACAUAUGCGGACUCACACAGGUGAGAAACCUUACAGAUGUGAGGGGUGCAGCAAGCAGUUUAGUACGCUGUCAAAUCUAAAGGUACACAUACUGACUCACACAGGUGAGAAACCCUACAGGUGUGAGGCGUGCAGCAAGGAGUUUAGUCGACUGAGUGAUCUAAAGAGACACAUGCGGACUCACACUGGUGAGAAACCGUACAGAUGUGGAGAGUGUGGCAGGCAGUUCAGUGUGCUGGGUAGUCUAAAGGAGCACAUGAGAACUCACACAGGUGAGAAACUGUACAGAUGUGAGGAGUGUGGCAAGCGGUUCAGUACGCUAAGUAACUUGAAGACUCACAUGCGGACUCACACUGGUGAGAAACCCUACUGGUGUGGGGAGUGCGGCAAGCAGUUUAGUACACUGAGUAAUCUGAAGACACACAUGCGGACUCACACAGGUGAGAAACCGUACAGGUGUGAUGACUGCGGCAAGCAGUGCAGUACGCUGAGUAAUCUGAAGAAGCACAAGCGGACUCACACUGGAGAGAAACCAUACAGAUGUGAGGAGUGCGGCAAGCAGUUUGCUCAGUUAUCAACUCUUAAUAGACAUUUGUGGACUCACAAAGGUGAGAAACCGUACAGGUGUGAAGAGUGUGGUAGACAGUUCAGUGAUCUGGGAGAUCUAAAGAGGCACAUAAGGACUCACACAGGUGAGAAGCCGCACAAAUGUGAGGAAUGUGGGAGGCAGUUCAGCAGGCUGGGUAGUCUGAAAAGACACAUAAAGACUCACACUGGUGAAAAACAGUUCAUGUGCAAGGAGUGCAGCAUGCAGUUCAGCAGACUGUAUCAUCUGAAGCAGCACACUAGAAUUCACACUGGUGAGAAACCGUACAGGUGUGAGGAGUGCAGCAGGCAGUUCAGCGAUCUGGCUAAUCUUAAGAAACACAUGAGAAUUCACACGGGCGAGAAACCUUACAAGUGUGAAGAGUGCAGCAAGCAGUUUAGUCAGCUGUCAAAUCUAAAGACACAUGUGCGGACUCACACCGGCGAGAAACCGUACAGAUGUGAGGAGUGUGGCAGAAAGUUCACCAGACUGAGCUGUUUAAAGAGACACGUGAGGACUCACACAGGGGAGAAACCGAACAUGGCCUAAAUGCAACAGAAGCUUUCGUCAGAGUAUCAACCAGAAGCUUUCAUCAGAUUGCCAACAUGAACACCCAUAUCGACAAAAGUCUGUCAACCUGUAUGUAGA